AUGGAAAGAGAAGAAGGUGAAAUGAGUGAUGAUGAUAGCAGUAUGCUUGUGGAUGAAGUGGAAUCUCUGCCACAGCGUUCAAUGGAUGUUUCAAAAACACAGCAGACAGUGAUGUUUAUGGCAGAUAAAAAUGGAUUAUUAGUCAAACAAUUGGAAAAAAUUGAUGCAUUCAAGUUAGAGGAACGAGCUAAACGCUUUGGAUUAGAUCUGACUGGAAAUAAAGUAGUUACUCAGAGACAGAUUGAUGAACUUUAUGCCAAUCUUGGUGUUGAAAGUGGAAACGAGAGACAUUUUCGCUUUGAUGCAAUCCAUCUGAAUGGUGUUUAUGGAUUAACUACUAGAGAAAUAUUUGAGUAUUUGGAAGAUUUCAAACCUGUUUCUUUGGAGUGGAUUGAUAAUACUUCAUGCAACAUUGUAUGCCAAGAUCAUAUUUCUGCUGCAUUGGCAUUGUUAGUGCAUUCUCGGGAAAUACAAAGAGACGAUAUGAAAAACAUGCUUGCAGAUAAAUCUGACCAUCAUUGGAGGGAAGGGUUUCCUCAUCCUAAAAAUGAUUUGAUUCUUAUGAGAUUUGCUACCAAUGGAGAUAAGAAAAUGCCAAAAAAUAAACCUGAUUUUCACAAGCAGUCACAUCAGUUUGUUGACCAGUCAAUGGAUGCAGUAAAUAAAAAUCCUUGGGGGGACUUAUGCCAAACAUGGGGAGUAUAUGACCAUCAAGAAAUUUUUCAAAGAAAGGCACCUGGUUACAAGUAUGAGGAUGAAAAGGACGAAAUUGUUCAAAUAAAAAACAAAAGGCUAGCAAUGCGUUUAGGAAAACGGGGUCAAAAAACUUGUGUUAGUGAUGACAGUGAUUCAGAUUCAGAAUGGAAAAAGAAAUCUAAGACGCCAAGAAUGAGAAUGCAUGCUGAUGAUGAGGAGACCAAACACAAAAAAAUAUUAUCUCCUGAAGAAAGCAGAGAACCAUCUAGUGAUAGAGAUGUUUAUGCACCCUUGUCAAUAGAAGUAGUGAACUCUAAAAGUCACUAUAUACCUAAACAAACCACUAAACUGUCAGACAAGUUUAAAAUAAAUCAGAGACAAAUGUCAAAAUCUACCAUGCAGUCUCGUUUGGGUUCAAAGGUCACUCAGAAUGAAGCUUUGACAAGUGAUGAUUCUUCAGCUGAUAGUGUAGAUGCAGAUCACAAUGUCAUGAGUCGUGUCCAAAAAAUGAAUACCCUGGGCAGUAGCAGUGUUUGGUCUAGAUUAGAGAAUAAAAAUAUUGAAACUGAAGAACAAAGUGAUUUAAGAAAUAUUUUAAAAUCCAAAAGACAGAAAAAUCCUGAUGAUUUACGAGAACGAUUAUCUAAAACAAAACAAUCAAAUUUACGUAUUGAAAUAGACAAUAAUUAUGCCAGAAGUUAA